GGCUGUUCCUGCGCAGAGGAGGGAGGAGUUAAACCGCCGGACCUGCUUUAUAUCUGACCAGUGAGCAGUGAGGAUUACCACUGAGAUGUUUGGAGCACCUCAGACUCCAAAUGUCUCCCAUGCCAGCUGAGACAGACUGCUGAGAGACAGAGCGGGACUUUCCCAGAACCUUCAGGUGAGUGAGGGCAGAGUUUUUAACUUUGGUGGUUUCAAACUCAACCCAGCUUUCUUUUUUUAUACGUUGUAAAGUAAACGAACAGUUUUUUUUAAAACAGCUGAUUAUGUUGUGAAAGUUUUAUUCUCUCCAAACUGAACCGUCCGAGUGAGGCAGAGAGAGCGAGGCAGAAACGCCUGAAGUGGAGAAAUAACAUGACGUAUCCUGCCAACACCCCUCUGAUAAAAAGGGAAAGCAAACAUUCCUCAGAGAUUACCUUUGACCACAGAUGUUCGUAUCAAGUUUGAGUAAAAGUAGGCCUCUAUGUCACUGUGAUGGGUUUGGACAAGUCUGAGCUCUGCGUCUAAAUCCCGGGGCUGUUGACACAUGAGAACCUUUGUUUCUGUCACAGCUUUAGAGGCGAUUAUGCAACAUCAGAUGAUCCUGCAGCGCCUCGCUCACCUCCCUUUUCUUUACUGCUAAGGUAGUGUCAAGAAUGUACAGCUGAGAUAAGGACCUGAGGUUCAUCGUUUUGUUGCAUUGGGUCGUUGCAGGUGUGCUGUGUGUGCAACAAUCUGCAGAGUCGUCAGAUUUUCCGAGCUGCCCUGUGGCGUCUUUUUCUUUCCUGACAGCUCACACAGGUAGCACGUUCUCGGGGUUGUCACCUGUAAAAACUGGCUGUCUCUCAGACAGAUUCUUGGCUCGGUUUGAGGCCGUAACUCAUUCAGACAGGUGAAUUAAUGAGGCACACGUCAAAGCCAUUAUGUGUUCCUUAAGAGAGGAUUAACUUUGAAUUUAACAAUGAAACUGAAUUUGUUAGAAAAGUCGGCCUUUUUUUCUCGAUUUAACUGCUGGUAUUAAAUAAAGUCAUGUGACAUCUCUGUGAUGAAACAUGCCGUCAGAGUCAGAGUCAGACUGGAUCUGCUGUGUAGGUGUUUAUUGACUGGUUUGUUUUAGCGCUGCAGCUAUAAUUAGCGCUGGAUUGUUACUCGUCAGUUAAAGGUAUUACUAUAUUACUGCGGGUCUGAAGUGUCUGUCACAUGUUGUGUCUGAGCUGAAGCGCAGUCGAACGCUGCCAGCCGGGUUGUAGGUGUGAUUAGUAGCUGCUGCCAUAAUCAAUCUACUACCCAGGCGCCAACAAGCAAAGGUGGCGGACGGCAGCUCGGAGCGUGGCGUUUGGUUUGGCGGUGUUUCAGACUAGAAAAUGGAGAUGAAGUUGUACGUUACACCAAUCUGACUGUACCUAGAAUGGACGCCAUCUGCCUCCUCCCUGGGUGAAGCCACUACGAGAACAGCGCCCUCUGCUGACGGGCUGCAGUAUAGGUCAUAGAUCCCGCCUCCUUAUGGAGCUGUGGACAAACAAAUCAGUGAAUUGAUCUGAAACGUGUUUAUUGAUAAACUUGUGAUGAGUUAGAGCCAAGUUCGCUGAAACUCUCUCACCUGUCGGGCGUGACUCCAUUUGACUAAGAGCUGAAAGUAAACUGAGAUCAGUCAACAGCAGAGCUACAGUGUGUGUCUGCUUUACAGGUGAUUUGCGUUUUACAACAUGAUAAGCAAACUGAGAAGGUGUACAAAUGCAAAGUGAAUGUUCAACAUGUUUGAAACAGUUCAAACAUUUACAAAGUGGGUGACAGUCUCAAACAGCAGAGUCAGCAGAGAGAGUUCACCGCCGCGACGCUGCUGCUGUUGAACAAACACUGACUUUAGUCAUCUUUGUGUGGGCAGUUUGCCUGCUGUAUGACACUGAACUGUGACCUCGCAGGUGAAGAAUCGCAUGUAAUGAAAAACAUAACACACCUUUUGUACGCUAAGAUCUGAAGUGACAUGAGUAGCCUAUUAUCAACUGUUGAACUGGGAGCCGUAUGUACUCUCUCAGUCGUACUUUUACAGCCAGCAGGUUUGUGAACUUCACGGCUUGGUUUCCAUUCGCGCCUCUUUUCCAGAGAGCUAUUACUUUCCCUCCUACUGCCAGCAGUGACGUCAUCUACUACAUAAAAAUGCAGCCGCUCACCCUUUCACAAGGAGGGUGGAAAAAGCCUCUGCGACGACACAUAAAAGUUUAAUUCUGAGUUGGAUUGAAUUUUGCUGGUGCACUUCCAGACUUGACAGAGCUACUGUAUCUAUGCCCCGAUGAUCUGAUUUAAUGAUGAUAAUAAUCAAUCUUAUUCAUAAAGCACUUUCCAGAACACCUGAAACAAAAGCAUACAUGAAACAAAAUAAUGACAUGAAAAACCAGUAAAGCAGCGGUUAAUGGGAUUUGAAUGUGGGUCAGUCAGUCCAGUCCCAGAUGUGUUGGAGAGGUAGGGAUGAGAACUGAUAAGAUUUUAUUGAUAUCGAUGCCAUUAUCAAUUCAAUUCUUUAACGAUUCCCUUAUCAAUGCCUUUCUUUGAUUAAAAAAGUAGACUACAGGUUUUCACCGUUAACUCAACAUUUUAUAGAGUCUGAUAACAGAGACAGAUGUACGCCACCUUCAGUGAGAGUCUAAAAUAAUCAAACAAAAAUGUUGUUGUUCAGAGUUUCUGUCAUUGUGUUUAUGUUAACACAGGACAUAUGUUAGAGUGACCAUAUUCUGAAUCCUUAAAAAGAGGACACUGCUGCGCGGGGCUGACAUGUGUGUGAAAUUAUCAUUUAUUUAUUUAUUUAUUUUUGUUGGGUCGAGAGUUUUUAUGCACUUCUAACUCAGUUAAACACAUUAUUCUGAAUUCCCAAAGACAGAAGUGCAUGUGUGCGUCUCAUCAGUGACUUUUCUUAUAAGUGAGCAGAGGGGCGGAGCUACAGAGAGGACUGAUCCUCUGCUCUGUUUUAUAAUGAAUGAAAACAUGUUCAGGACAUUUGAAGGAUUUUAUAAACUCCCCCGGACAGCCCCCCCCCCCCUAAAAGAGGACGUUGUAAAAUGACCCCUGACAGGAGCACGGUUUAAAGUUCAUAACAAGGUGAAAUAAUCCAAGUUUUCCUCAACAUUAACGUUGGGCGGAUUCAAACGCGUGUGCCUUUAAUGAUUUCAUGCAGACUAUUCAGAUAAGCCGAAAACAACAGCCCUCUGAUUCUGAAUAUUUGCUGUCCUGAAAAUAUAAAGUUCUUUACUUUGACAGUUUACUGUAGAGUUUAUAAACCCAAGUUCACCUCUAUAUGUGAAUUUUAGAGAGACAUAAAAACAGAACGACAGUUUUCUACUCCAUUUGACAUGUUGUCAUGAUCUAAUACUCGUGUUUUUUAAAUAUGAGAUAAUUUUCAUGUUGUUGGUGUUUCCAUCUUUGCAUGUUCUUUCUGCUUGACAAACGUUGCACUGUUGUCGUCUUUCUCAGUAACAUUAAGCCACGCUUCAGCUCGUUUCUGCCGACUUUUCGUAUUGUCUGCCAUAUUUUUUCCUCUGUCUCUGUUCCCGCAUAGACUGGCACUCGCGAGACCGUUUUUCAAGGUACCCAGAAGAAAGGAAUCGUUAAGAUAAAAUGUAAAUGAUGUCUUUGGAUUUAACCAUUUAGAACCGGUUCUCAACUAGAACCGGUUCUUGAUUCCCAUCCCUAUGGAGAGGGGCAGCAAGGAAGACCCUGGGUUUGAUGCAUUGUCCUCUAAACUGAUGAGAAGAGGUUUUAUGAGCUUCAGUGGAUUAAGUUAACGUGGGUGAUCUUUUUGUCCCUUGCAAGUCUGGCGUCUGCAUUUCACUAUCCUUUUACCCACUUUUGCAAACAUUUUGGAGCAACAGAAGUCCACACUGUGUUCUGUGAGGUUAAUGUCCGGCACAAAACAGCAAAGAAAAAAGCUCAGAGACUCAGUAUUGAUAAUAUACUGAGUAUAAAGUUUCCUAGUCAAUGGAGGCAAAAGUAAAUGUGAUAAAAAGCAUUGUGAUGUUAGGAUUAAGAAGGUUAAGAAUUACACAAUGUUUUUGUUUCCAUAUUUCAGCACCUGUGUUGUGACAGCAAAGGGCAUCCGGCACUUCCAGUUUCAAAGUAUUACGUCUGUGCAUGUCAAAACAUAUACAGCAUGCUUUGUGAUACACAUUCAUGAACCUGCAGACGGUUCAUUUGUCAUCAGAGAUAACAGAAUAAAAGAAAAAGGGUAGCUAUAUCAUGUCCGUACGCAGCAUGUACCAAUGCGUUUACUGUGAGGAAAUAAUUGUUGCUUGGAUUUUAAAUGAUUAAAUGUCACCAUGUCAGGGCUUUUAUGACAGUGAAAUUUCCCUCUGGUAUCAUGUCAUCCUUGUACUGAUCUUGAUACUCCUGCUUUUGAAGAUAAUUCAGUGUAACUUUGAAACAGGUCAAUAAAAUAGGGGAAAACAGAAGUAAUUUAAUGAGCAAAGUUUGUUAUGUUUCUUUCAUCUUUACAGAAAAGGAGUUUCAAGGUCUCGGGGCUCCGUCAAUAACACCCCAGACACCUUUAGUCUGUAUCCAGGAUUUUGGGGACUUCCAGGAACCAGCGAUCAGAAGCAAAAAGGUUUGACAGGAAGUUAUCAAUUCAAACUAGAAGAUUGCAUAUAACUCUAUUACCAUAAACACAUUUUUUGUUUAUAUUUACUUGUAGGCAAAAUGUGCGCUAUCUAAACCAAUUUUAACUAUUGUUUCUGUGUCACAGAGUGUUGUAAGCCAAGAUGGACUCCGUCAGUCAAGAUACUGAGGUAAAGCAAAAUGGCUACACAGAGGUCCAUGGACCUGUGGCAGGAAUUUUUCUGGAGAAGACAAAAGAGAAAGUGACCAUAUACCAAGCUAUGAAGAAACGUCUUCUUAAGCCAGGUACUGCAUUAGCCUUGCUUGAAGCACAAGCAGCAACAGUAGGUCUCGUAGAUCCAAUUAACAAUCGAAUACUUCAGAUUGAAGAUGCUGUUAAAGAAGGAAUAGUUGGACCAGAGAUGAAGGAGAAGCUCCUCACAGCAGAAAAAGCCGUCAAUGGCUAUGUAGAUCCCUACACCAAUCAGAUCAUUUCUUUAUACCAAGCCAUGCAAAAAGAUUUAGUGCCAAGAGAUUACGGAUUGAGGCUUCUUGAAGCACAGAUAGCCACAAAAGGCUUGUUUGAUCCCUCAGAAAAGACAAACAUCUCUGUUGACACUGCAAUUCAGAAGGGAUACUAUGAAAAAGGUUUGCUCAACAACCAGAGGUCAGAGCUCAAAGUCUUCUACAACCCAAGUUCACGAGAAAAUCUGAACUACCAAAACCUCCUGGAGAAAUGCACUGUGGAGCCUGACACGGGCCUGUUGCUCCUUCCUGUCUGCAUCACCUUCAAAGGUUUGCGAAAAGGAAUUUCUUCCACUGAACUCCUGGAAUCAAAGAUCAUUGACAAAGAAACAUUUGACGACCUUCAGAAGGGAAACACGACAACUCAAGAUGUGAUGUUGAUGGAAACCGUGAAAGAGUACCUGGAGGGCAAAGGUAGUAUCGCAGGCAUUGCCAUACUCUCAUCAAACCAGAGGAUGAGCAUUUAUCAAGCAAUGAAAGAAGGCAUAUUGAUGCCUGGGACAGCACUAGUAUUACUGGAGGCACAGGCUGCUACUGGAUUCAUGAUUGAUCCUGUGGAGAAUAAAAAGUUCACAGUGGAUGAGGCUGUCAAGAACAAACUUUUUGGCCCAGAAUUUCAUGCAAAGCUGCACUCUGCAGAGCGAGCGGUUACUGGAUACAAAGACCCAUACUCAGGCAAGACCAUCUCUCUGUUUCAAGCACUGUCAAAAGACCUCAUCGUGAAAGAGCAUGGAAUACGUCUACUUGAGGCACAAAUUGCCACAGGUGGAAUAAUCGACCCCAUCAACAGUCAUCGACUUCCCACAGAAAUCGCCUUCAAAAGAGGUUAUUUCGAUGAAGAAAUGAAAGCCGUACUGGAGGACUCUGGAGAUGACACAAAAGGGUUUUUUGACCCAAACACAGAGGACAAUCUCACUUACCUUCAGCUGAUGGAAAGGUGUGUCAUUGAUCCUGUCACUGGACUUUGCCUCCUCCCUCUCUGUGACAAGUCAGACAAAUUCAAUUUUAACUUCAUCGACUACAGAACCAAAGUGACCUUCCAACAAGAGAAAGUGAAAGUGACGUGUGGGAAGUACAUGGGGAUGACAGUAUCCCUGUGGGAGCUGCUGAUGUCAGAGUACUUUGAUGAAAACCAGAGGAGAGACAUCAUAAGAAAAUUCAGAGAAGGGGAGUUCAAUAUCAAAGUCAUCAUCACAAAGGUUCUGGAAGUCAUAGAAACGUCUGUGAAAACAACCAAGGUUGUUUUUGAAGGUAUCAGAGACACUGUCACAGCCAAACAACUUGUAGAUGCAGACAUCAUCAGUGAGGAGGUCCUGGAAGAUCUGAAAAAGGGGAAGAAGUCAGUGAGGGAUGUGACAGAAGAUGAGAAUGUCAGUGUGUACCUACAGGGGAAAAGCAGCAUUGCAGGUAUUCUGCUUCCUGAUUCUCAAACCAUGACCAUCUACCAGGCUAGACAAAAAGGAAAGCUGAUGCCAGGAACUGCCUUGAUUCUACUGGAGGCACAAGCAGCAACAGGUUUUGUCAUUGACCCCAUUGGAAACCGGAAGUUUUCGGUUGAUGAUGCUGUCAAAGCCAAAAUUGUGGGGCCGGAUGUUUGUCAAAAGCUGCGCUCAGCAGAGAAAGCAGUCACAGGGUACAAAGAUCCACAUGACGACAAAAUAAUCUCUCUGUUUCAAGCUAUGCAGAAAGAUCUCAUCCUGAAAGACCAUGGAAUUCGACUCUUGGAAGCACAGAUUGCCACUGGAGGUAUCAUUGACCCAGUGAACAGCCAUCGCAUUCCUGUUCAUGUGGCCUACAAGAGGGGAUACUUUAAUGAGGAAAUGAAUCAGAUUCUGUCCGACCCUGAUGAUGACACCAAGGGCUUCUUUGACCCCAACAGCCUUGAGAACCUGACAUACCUGCAGCUCAUGGAAAGAUGUGUUACUGAUCCAAGCACAGGUCUGUGCCUUUUGCCACUCAAAAGCAAAGGCAAGAAAAUCAACAUUGAUGAUAAUAUGAGGGAAACAUUCCAGACAACAAUAGUCACCGUGAAGUAUGGCAGGUUCAAGGGGAGGUACACAACGCUCUGGGAUCUUAUCAAUUCAGAGUAUCUGACAGAGGAAAAAAGACAGGAGUUUUUCAAGCUCUUCAAGUCCAGGAAAAUCACAAUUGAGCAACUCAUUAUCACCAUUCAAGAGGUCAUUGAGAGCAAAGAGAUAAAACUGCAAGCAGAGCUGAGUUUGGAAGGUCUCAGAGGAAAGGUCUCUGUUGUGGACCUUCUAGAGCUUAAUAUUGUGGAUGAACGAACAUAUAACAGCUUGAUCGAUGGAAAAAUAACAACCAGUGAUCUGAUGAAAAUCGACAGUGUGAGAUCCUACCUUCAAGGAAAAAGUUGUGUGGCUGGAGUGAUACUUCAACCCUCGAAUCAGAAGUUAAGCAUCCAUGAGGCUCAGAGAAUUGGCGUUCUCACACCCAGCACUGCCCUCUGUCUUCUUGAGGCACAAGCAGCCACAGGAUUCAUCAUUGACCCUUUAAAGAACAAAAAGCUCACAGUGGAACAAGCUCUCAAAGAAAAGGUAGUUUGUCCGCAGAUGUAUGAAAAGUUAUUGUCUGCAGAAAGGGCUGUCACUGGUUACACAGAUCCAUACACUGGUCAGAAGAUCUCACUUUUUCAAGCAUUGCAAAAGGAUCUCAUUGUUAAACAGCAUGGUAUCCGUUUACUUGAGGCUCAGAUUGCCACAGGUGGAAUCAUUGAUCCCUUGAAGUGUCUUCACAUACCCCUUGAAGUCGCAUACAAGAAAGGAUAUUUUGAUGCAGAACUUUAUCGUAUCUUAUGCGACUCCACUGAUGACACAAAGGGCUUUUUUGACCCAAAGACACAUGACAAUCUGACCUACAUGGAGAUGUUGGGUAGGUGUGUUCAAGAUGAGAAAACUGGACUGUCUCUCCUGCCACUGAAUGACACACAAAAAGCUACUGAUGCCAAGGACAAAGUGUGUACUACCACGGAGAUAAAACAAGAAUUUGAAAAGACAGCUGUGAGUGUAUCACUGGGGCACUAUUCAGGAAAAUCAGUCACUUUGUGGGACUUGAUUCAUUCUGGGUACUUCACUGAGGACCAGCGGCUUGAAAUCAUUGAAAAAUACAGAACAAGGCAGAUGAACACACAAACCAUAAUCACAAUGGUGAUGUCAACUAUUGAAAAACUGGAGAAAAGUGAAAUGCCCACAGUCAUGGGCCUGAGAAAGCCAGUCUCUGCACAACAACUUCUUGAUGCAGAUAUCAUUGAUGCAGAUACAUUCAAGCAGGUAAAGGAAGGAAAACUUACUUUUGAAGCAGUAAGUGAACGUGAACCAGUAAAGAAGUACAUAAAAGGAACUGGCAGCAUUGCUGGAAUCAAGGUUUAUCCAUCACAAAAAGUGAUGAGCAUAUAUGAAGCACAAAAAGAAGAUCGGUUGACACCAGGCAUUGCACUUGUACUACUUGAGGCUCAGGCUGCCACAGGAUGGAUCAUUGAUCCCAUAAAAAACAAGUCCUAUGCUGUUGAUGAGGCAGCAAGAGAGAAAGUCAUUGGACCAGAUGUGCUUGAGCAACUUCUCUCAGCUGAACGAGCUGUAACUGGCUAUAAAGAUCCAUGCACAGAUGCAACUAUAUCACUGUUUGAAGCCAUGAGUGAACAGCUUAUUCAGAGAAGUGAUGGCAUUCGUCUUCUUGAUGCUCAAAUGGCAACUGGGGGGAUAAUUGACCCAAAUCACAGUCACAGACUCCCAGUUGCUGUCGCUAUCAAGAAGGGGUAUCUCAAUGAGGAUAUGCACAAACUUCUGUCAAACCCAACUGAAGAUGCAAUGGGAUUCUUUGACCCAAACACCAAAGUAAACCUCUCUUACAAUAAGCUCACAGAGCGCUGUGAGACAGAUCCUCUAACUAGUCUGCUUCUUCUACCCCUGUAUGAAGAUGAAUCCCCAGUACUUCACACAGACGAGAAGAUACAGCUUGUAUUUAAAAACAAAAGACUUGAAGUAAAUGCUGGGAAGUUCAAAAACAAAGACGUGACAUUGUGGGAAGUGUUGCUCUCUGAAUACAUAUCAGAACAAAAAAGGGAACAGAUCAUACGACAAUACAGAACAGGAGUCAUGACAAUAGAGGAGAUCAUUGAAAUACUUACUGUUAUCAUAACAGAGGUGUCAUCAAAAGAAAGAAAGUUCAAAGGGCUACGCAAACAGGUCUCAGCAAGUGAGCUGUAUGAGUCAAAAAUCAUCUCAAAGGAGCUUUUUACAGAGAUUGUUCAGGGUACGGUAACUGAAGAAAAUGUAAACAAAAUGGAAUCAAUUCAAAAGUACCUUGGAGCUACAAACUGUAUAGCAGGUGUCAGGGUUGAGGCUACAAAGAAAGUCAUGAGCAUCUAUGACGCCAAAACCCGUGGUCUGCUGACUCCUGGCACUUCUCUGGUCCUGUUGGAGGCCCAGGCGGCCACUGGAUAUGUCAUUGACCCAGUCAAAGACCGAAAACUGACUGUGGAGGAGGCCGUGGCGCAGAAUGUGGUCGGCAAUGAGUGGAAAAACAAACUUCUGUCAGCAGAAAGAGCAGUCACAGGAUACAAAGAUCCCUACACAGGAAACACAAUAUCUCUGUUCCAGGCCCUGAAAAAAGACCUCAUCGUCAAAGAUCAUGGAAUUCGCCUUCUGGAAGCACAAAUUGCCACGGGAGGCAUUAUUGACCCCGUCCACAGCCAUCGAGUUCCUGUGCAGGUGGCAUACCAAAGAGGUUACUUUGAUGAGGAAAUGAAUCAGAUUCUGUCUGACCCCGAUGAUGACACCAAGGGCUUCUUUGACCCCAACACUCAAGAGAACCUCACCUAUCUACAGCUGGUAGAGAGGUGCAUCAUCGAUCCCAUCACAGGCCUGAGCUUACUGGUCAUAGUCAAGAAAGGAGAGUUUUAUUUCUUUGUUGAUGAGGCAACAAAGCUCAUCCUGAAGUCCAAAACAACAACAAGAGCAGGAGGGAAAUACCAAGGAACAACCGUGUCCCUUUGGGAUCUGCUUUACUCCAAGUACAUCACAGAGGAGAAGAGGCGAGAGCUAGUGCAACAGUUCAUGGCGGGGUCCAUCACAAUUGAGCGCUUCAUGGAGAUUAUUCUCACAAUCAUACAGAAGCAAACAACAGCAACAACAACAACCUCCUCAUCAAUUGUCACUUGUGAGCCACCUGACACAAAAGUUGACAGCAGCACAACAACCACAGUUAUCACUACAACAACCACAGAGACAACUGAAAGUCAGAGUUUCCAUGGAAUCAGAAAGGAUGUCAGUCCUUCCGAGCUGCUGAAAUCUAAGAUCAUCGAUGAGAGCCUUUACAAAGAUCUAAGGGCUGGAAAAGUCACAGUGACAGAAGUGAGCGAAAUGGACUCAGUGCGCAAGUACCUGGAGGGAACCAACAGCAUUGCAGGAGUCUACUUGCAGUCCACCCAGGAGACCCUAAGCAUCUACGACGCCAAAAACCGUCGUCUGCUGACUCCUGGCACUUCUCUGGUCCUGUUGGAGGCCCAGGCAGCCACUGGAUUUGUCAUUGACCCAGUCAAAGACCGAAAACUGACUGUGGAGGAGGCCGUGGCGCAGAAUGUGGUCGGCAACGAGUGGAAAAACAAACUUCUGUCAGCAGAAAGAGCAGUCACAGGAUACAAAGAUCCCUACACAGGAAACACAAUAUCUCUGUUCCAGGCCCUGAAAAAAGACCUCAUCGUCAAGGAUCAUGGAAUUCGCCUUCUGGAAGCACAAAUUGCCACGGGAGGCAUUAUCGACCCCGUCCACAGCCAUCGAGUUCCUGUGCAGGUGGCAUACCAAAGAGGUUACUUUGAUGAGGAAAUGAAUCAGAUUCUGUCUGACCCCGAUGAUGACACCAAGGGCUUCUUUGACCCCAACACUCAAGAGAACCUCACCUAUCUUCAGCUGGUAGAGAGGUGCAUCAUCGAUCCCAUCACAGGCCUGAGCUUACUGGUCAUAGUCAAGAAAGGAGAGUUUUAUUUCUUUGUUGAUGAGGCAACAAAGCUCAUCCUGAAGUCCAAAACAACAACAAGAGCAGGAGGGAAAUACCAAGGAACAACCGUGUCCCUCUGGGAUCUGCUGUACUCCAAGUACAUCACAGAGGAGAAGAGGCGAGAGCUAGUGCAACAGUUCAAGGCAGGGUCCAUCACAAUUGAGCGCUUCAUGGAGAUUAUUCUCACAAUCAUACAGAAGCAAACAACAGCAACAACAACAACCUCCUCAUCAAUUGUCACUUUUGAGCCACCUGACACAAAAGUUGACAGCAGCACAACAACCACAGUUAUCACUACAACAACCACAGAGACAACUGAAAGUCAGAGUUUCCAUGGAAUCAGAAAGGAUGUCAGUCCUUCCGAGCUGCUGAAAUCCAAGAUCAUCGAUGAGAGCCUUUACAAAGAUCUAAGGGCUGGAAAAGUCACAGUGACAGAAGUGAGCGAAAUGGACUCAGUGCGCAAGUACCUGGAGGGAACCAACAGCAUUGCAGGAGUCUACUUGCAGUCCACCCAGGAGACCCUAAGCAUCUACGACGCCAAAACCCGUGGUCUGCUGACUCCUGGCACUUCUCUGGUCCUGUUGGAGGCCCAGGCAGCCACUGGAUUUGUCAUUGACCCAGUCAAAGACCGAAAACUGACUGUGGAGGAGGCCGUGGCGCAGAAUGUGGUCGGCAACGAGUGGAAAAACAAACUUCUGUCAGCAGAAAGAGCAGUCACAGGAUACAAAGAUCCCUACACAGGAAACACAAUAUCUCUGUUCCAGGCCCUGAAAAAAGACCUCAUCGUCAAGGAUCAUGGAAUUCGCCUUCUGGAAGCACAAAUUGCCACAGGAGGCAUUAUCGACCCCGUCCACAGCCAUCGAGUUCCUGUGCAGGUGGCAUACCAAAGAGGUUACUUUGAUGAGGAAAUGAAUCAGAUUCUGUCUGACCCCGAUGAUGACACCAAGGGCUUCUUUGACCCCAACACUCAAGAGAACCUCACCUAUCUUCAGCUGGUAGAGAGGUGCAUCAUCGAUCCCAUCACAGGCCUGAGCUUACUGGUCAUAGUCAAGAAAGGAGAGUUUUAUUUCUUUGUUGAUGAGGCAACAAAGCUCAUCCUGAAGUCCAAAACAACAACAAGAGCAGGAGGGAAAUACCAAGGAACAACCGUGUCCCUCUGGGAUCUGCUGUACUCCAAGUACAUCACAGAGGAGAAGAGGCGAGAGCUAGUGCAACAGUUCAAGGCAGGGUCCAUCACAAUUGAGCGCUUCAUGGAGAUUAUUCUCACAAUCAUACAGAAGCAAACAACAGCAACAACAACAACCUCCUCAUCAAUUGUCACUUUUGAGCCACCUGACACAAAAGUUGACAGCAGCACAACAACCACAGUUAUCACUACAACAACCACAGAGACAACUGAAAGUCAGAGUUUCCAUGGAAUCAGAAAGGAUGUCAGUCCUUCCGAGCUGCUGAAAUCCAAGAUCAUCGAUGAGAGCCUUUACAAAGAUCUAAGGGCUGGAAAAGUCACAGUGACAGAAGUGAGCGAAAUGGACUCAGUGCGCAAGUACCUGGAGGGAACCAACAGCAUUGCAGGAGUCUACUUGCAGUCCACCCAGGAGACCCUAAGCAUCUACGACGCCAAAACCCGUGGUCUGCUGACUCCUGGCACUUCUCUGGUCCUGUUGGAGGCCCAGGCAGCCACUGGAUUUGUCAUUGACCCAGUCAAAGACCGAAAACUGACUGUGGAGGAGGCCGUGGCGCAGAAUGUGGUCAGCAACGAGUGGAAAAACAAACUUCUGUCAGCAGAAAGAGCAGUCACAGGAUACAAAGAUCCCUACACAGGAAACACAAUAUCUCUGUUCCAGGCCCUGAAAAAAGACCUCAUCGUCAAGGAUCAUGGAAUUCGCCUUCUGGAAGCACAAAUUGCCACGGGAGGCAUUAUCGACCCCGUCCACAGCCAUCGAGUUCCUGUGCAGGUGGCAUACCAAAGAGGUUACUUUGAUGAGGAAAUGAAUCAGAUUCUGUCUGACCCCGAUGAUGACACCAAGGGCUUCUUUGACCCCAACACUCAAGAGAACCUCACCUAUCUACAGCUGGUAGAGAGGUGCAUCAUCGAUCCCAUCACAGGCCUGAGCUUACUGGUCAUAGUCAAGAAAGGAGAGUUUUAUUUCUUUGUUGAUGAGGCAACAAAGCUCAUCCUGAAGUCCAAAACAACAACAAGAGCAGGAGGGAAAUACCAAGGAACAACUGUGUCCCUCUGGGAUCUGCUGUACUCCAAGUACAUCACAGAGGAAAGGAGGCGAGAGCUAGUGCAACAGUUCAUGGCGGGGUCCAUCACAAUUGAGCGCUUCAUGGAGAUUAUUCUCACAAUCAUACAAAAGCAAACAACAGCAACAACAACAACCUCCUCAUCAAUUGUUACUUGUGAGCCACCUGACACAAAAGUUGACAGCAGCACAACAACCACAGUUAUCACUACAACAACCACAGAGACAACUGAAAGUCAGAGUUUCCAUGGAAUCAGAAAGGAUGUCAGUCCUUCCGAGCUGCUGAAAUCCAAGAUCAUCGAUGAGAGCCUUUACAAAGAUCUAAGGGCUGGAAAAGUCACAGUGACAGAAGUGAGCGAAAUGGACUCAGUGCGCAAGUACCUGGAGGGAACCAACAGCAUUGCAGGAGUCUACUUGCAGUCCACCCAGGAGACCCUAAGCAUCUAUGACGCCAAAAACCGUGGUCUGCUGACUCCUGGCACUUCUCUGGUCCUGUUGGAGGCCCAGGCGGCCACUGGAUUUGUCAUUGACCCAGUCAAAGACCGAAAACUGACUGUGGAGGAGGCCGUGGCGCAGAAUGUGGUCGGCAACGAGUGGAAAAACAAACUUCUGUCAGCAGAAAGAGCAGUCACAGGAUACAAAGAUCCCUACACAGGAAACACAAUAUCUCUGUUCCAGGCCCUGAAAAAAGACCUCAUCGUCAAAGAUCAUGGAAUUCGCCUUCUGGAAGCACAAAUUGCCACGGGAGGCAUUAUCGACCCCGUCCACAGCCAUCGAGUUCCUGUGCAGGUGGCAUACCAAAGAGGUUACUUUGAUGAGGAAAUGAAUCAGAUUCUGUCUGACCCCGAUGAUGACACCAAGGGCUUCUUUGACCCCAACACUCAAGAGAACCUCACCUAUCUUCAGCUGGUAGAGAGGUGCAUCAUCGAUCCCAUCACAGGCCUGAGCUUACUGGUCAUAGUCAAGAAAGGAGAGUUUUAUUUCUUUGUUGAUGAGGCAACAAAGCUCAUCCUGAAGUCCAAAACAACAACAAGAGCAGGAGGGAAAUACCAAGGAACAACCGUGUCCCUCUGGGAUCUGCUGUACUCCAAGUACAUCACAGAGGAAAGGAGGCGAGAGCUAGUGCAACAGUUCAUGGCGGGGUCCAUCACAAUUGAGCGCUUCAUGGAGAUUAUUCUCACAAUCAUACAGAAGCAAACAACAGCAACAACAACAACCUCCUCAUCAAUUGUCACUUGUGAGCCACCUGACACAAAAGUUGACAGCAGCACAACAACCACAGUUAUCACUACAACAACCACAGAGACAACUGAAAGUCAGAGUUUCCAUGGAAUCAGAAAGGAUGUCAGUCCUUCCGAGCUGCUGAAAUCCAAGAUCAUCGAUGAGAGCCUUUACAAAGAUCUAAGGGCUGGAAAAGUCACAGUGACAGAAGUGAGCGAAAUGGACUCAGUGCGCAAGUACCUGGAGGGAACCAACAGCAUUGCAGGAGUCUACUUGCAGUCCACCCAGGAGACCCUAAGCAUCUAUGACGCCAAAAACCGUCGUCUGCUGACUCCUGGCACUUCUCUGGUCCUGUUGGAGGCCCAGGCAGCCACUGGAUUUGUCAUUGACCCAGUCAAAGACCGAAAACUGACUGUGGAGGAGGCCGUGGCGCAGAAUGUGGUCGGCAACGAGUGGAAAAACAAACUUCUGUCAGCAGAAAGAGCAGUCACAGGAUACAAAGAUCCCUACACAGGAAACACAAUAUCUCUGUUCCAGGCCCUGAAAAAAGACCUCAUCGUCAAAGAUCAUGGAAUUCGCCUUCUGGAAGCACAAAUUGCCACGGGAGGCAUUAUCGACCCCGUCCACAGCCAUCGAGUUCCUGUGCAGGUGGCAUACCAAAGAGGUUACUUUGAUGAGGAAAUGAAUCAGAUUCUGUCUGACCCCGAUGAUGACACCAAGGGCUUCUUUGACCCCAACACUCAAGAGAACCUCACCUAUCUUCAGCUGGUAGAGAGGUGCAUCAUCGAUCCCAUCACAGGCCUGAGCUUACUGGUCAUAGUCAAGAAAGGAGAGUUUUAUUUCUUUGUUGAUGAGGCAACAAAGCUCAUCCUGAAGUCCAAAACAACAACAAGAGCAGGAGGGAAAUACCAAGGAACAACCGUGUCCCUCUGGGAUCUGCUUUACUCCAAGUACAUCACAGAGGAGAAGAGGCGAGAGCUAGUGCAACAGUUCAUGGCGGGGUCCAUCACAAUUGAGCGCUUCAUGGAGAUUAUUCUCACAAUCAUACAGAAGCAAACAACAGCAACAACAACAACCUCCUCAUCAAUUGUCACUUUUGAGCCACCUGACACAAAAGUUGACAGCAGCACAACAACCACAGUUAUCACUACAACAACCACAGAGACAACUGAAAGUCAGAGUUUCCAUGGAAUCAGAAAGGAUGUCAGUCCUUCCGAGCUGCUGAAAUCCAAGAUCAUCGAUGAGAGCCUUUACAAAGAUCUAAGGGCUGGAAAAGUCACAGUGACAGAAGUGAGCGAAAUGGACUCAGUGCGCAAGUACCUGGAGGGAACCAACAGCAUUGCAGGAGUCUACUUGCAGUCCACCCAGGAGACCCUAAGCAUCUAUGACGCCAAAAACCGUGGUCUGCUGACUCCUGGCACUUCUCUGGUCCUGUUGGAGGCCCAGGCGGCCACUGGAUUUGUCAUUGACCCAGUCAAAGACCGAAAACUGACUGUGGAGGAGGCCGUGGCGCAGAAUGUGGUCGGCAACGAGUGGAAAAACAAACUUCUGUCAGCAGAAAGAGCAGUCACAGGAUACAAAGAUCCCUACACAGGAAACACAAUAUCUCUGUUCCAGGCCCUGAAAAAAGACCUCAUCGUCAAGGAUCAUGGAAUUCGCCUUCUGGAAGCACAAAUUGCCACGGGAGGCAUUAUCGACCCCGUCCACAGCCAUCGAGUUCCUGUGCAGGUGGCUUACCAAAGAGGUUACUUUGAUGAGGAAAUGAAUCAGAUUCUGUCUGACCCCGAUGAUGACACCAAGGGCUUCUUUGACCCCAACACUCAAGAGAACCUCACCUAUCUACAGCUGGUAGAGAGGUGCAUCAUCGAUCCCAUCACAGGCCUGAGCUUACUGGUCAUAGUCAAGAAAGGAGAGUUUUAUUUCUUUGUUGAUGAGGCAACAAAGCUCAUCCUGAAGUCCAAAACAACAACAAGAGCAGGAGGGAAAUACCAAGGAACAACCGUGUCCCUCUGGGAUCUGCUGUACUCCAAGUACAUCACAGAGGAGAAGAGGCGAGAGCUAGUGCAACAGUUCAAGGCGGGGUCCAUCACAAUUAAGCGCUUCAUGGAGAUUAUUCUCACAAUCAUACAGAAGCAAACAACAGCAACAACAACAACCUCCUCAUCAAUUGUCACUUGUGAGCCACCUGACACAAAAGUUGACAGCAGCACAACAACCACAGUUAUCACUACAACAACCACAGAGACAACUGAAAGUCAGAGUUUCCAUGGAAUCAGAAAGGAUGUCAGUCCUUCCGAGCUGCUGAAAUCCAAGAUCAUCGAUGAGAGCCUUUACAAAGAUCUAAGGGCUGGAAAAGUCACAGUGACAGAAGUGAGCGAAAUGGACUCAGUGCGCAAGUACCUGGAGGGAACCAACAGCAUUGCAGGAGUCUACUUGCAGUCCACCCAAGAGACCCUAAGCAUCUAUGACGCCAAAAACCGUCGUCUGCUGACUCCUGGCACUUCUCUGGUCCUGUUGGAGGCCCAGGCGGCCACUGGAUUUGUCAUUGACCCAGUCAAAGACCGAAAACUGACUGUGGAGGAGGCCGUGGCGCAGAAUGUGGUCGGCAACGAGUGGAAAAACAAACUUCUGUCAGCAGAAAGAGCAGUCACAGGAUACAAAGAUCCCUACACAGGAAACACAAUAUCUCUGUUCCAGGCCCUGAAAAAAGACCUCAUCGUCAAAGAUCAUGGAAUUCGCCUUCUGGAAGCACAAAUUGCCACGGGAGGCAUUAUCGACCCCGUCCACAGCCAUCGAGUUCCUGUGCAGGUGGCAUACCAAAGAGGUUACUUUGAUGAGGAAAUGAAUCAGAUUCUGUCUGACCCCGAUGAUGACACCAAGGGCUUCUUUGACCCCAACACUCAAGAGAACCUCACCUAUCUACAGCUGGUAGAGAGGUGCAUCAUCGAUCCCAUCACAGGCCUGAGCUUACUGGUCAUAGUCAAGAAAGGAGAGUUUUAUUUCUUUGUUGAUGAGGCAACAAAGCUCAUCCUGAAGUCCAAAACAACAACAAGAGCAGGAGGGAAAUACCAAGGAACAACCGUGUCCCUCUGGGAUCUGCUUUACUCCAAGUACAUCACAGAGGAGAAGAGGCGAGAGCUAGUGCAACAGUUCAUGGCGGGGUCCAUCACAAUUGAGCGCUUCAUGAAGAUUAUUCUCACAAUCAUACAGAAGCAAACAACAGCAACAACAACAACCUCCUCAUCAAUUGUCACUUUUGAGCCACCUGACACAAAAGUUGACAGCAGCACAACAACCACAGUUAUCACUACAACAACCACAGAGACAACUGAAAGUCAGAGUUUCCAUGGAAUCAGAAAGGAUGUCAGUCCUUCCGAGCUGCUGAAAUCCAAGAUCAUCGAUGAGAGCCUUUACAAAGAUCUAAGGGCUGGAAAAGUCACAGUGACAGAAGUGAGCGAAAUGGACUCAGUGCGCAAGUACCUGGAGGGAACCAACAGCAUUGCAGGAGUCUACUUGCAGUCCACCCAGGAGACCCUAAGCAUCUAUGACGCCAAAAACCGUCGUCUGCUGACUCCUGGCACUUCUCUGGUCCUGUUGGAGGCCCAGGCGGCCACUGGAUAUGUCAUUGACCCAGUCAAAGACCGAAAACUGACUGUGGAGGAGGCCGUGGCGCAGAAUGUGGUCGGCAAUGAGUGGAAAAACAAACUUCUGUCAGCAGAAAGAGCAGUCACAGGAUACAAAGAUCCCUACACAGGAAACACAAUAUCUCUGUUCCAGGCCCUGAAAAAAGACCUCAUCGUCAAAGAUCAUGGAAUUCGCCUUCUGGAAGCACAAAUUGCCACGGGAGGCAUUAUUGAUCCCGUCCACAGCCAUCGAGUUCCUGUGCAGGUGGCAUACCAAAGAGGUUACUUUGAUGAGGAAAUGAAUCAGAUUCUGUCUGACCCCGAUGAUGACACCAAGGGCUUCUUUGACCCCAACACUCAAGAGAACCUCACCUAUCUACAGCUGGUAGAGAGGUGCAUCAUCGAUCCCAUCACAGGCCUGAGCUUACUUCCCUUGCGCAGAUAAAUAGAUGAAACUUUUGGAGCCAAUCAAAUCUUUGUGCCCUGACCAUUUAAUCAAAGUUUUUUGAAGGUUACACAUAAUAGUGUUACAGUUUUGUAUCAAAUUGAUUUCUUUAAAAAAAAUUAAUGAGAGAAAAGCGUUUGUACAUUUUUUUGCAGAUUACUGCCCUUUUUUUUGUUAGGCCUGAUGGUGAAGAGUUUCUUACUGCAAAACUGUUAAACUUGUUGAGUUGAGUUGUUGAAGAACAAUUUUGAAAAUGAGCACUGCACAGCCUGCUUUUUAACUCGGCUUCAAAUCAAAUCCACCUGCUGAAAUCUUCUCACUGUCUGUGCGUUUUCCUGUAGAUGUCUAUGAUAGUCCCAUUCUUUUUUACAUAUGGAGGCUUAGGUGUUAAUACUUGUUCCCAAAUUCAAAUGUCAAAUGUCAGCUUCUUAAUACAUCUUUCACAUUUGUGGCCUUGGAUUUUUUUUUACUUUUUGUCAUUUUUUCAACUGAUCCAGAUUUUCUUUUGUACUUACUGAUCUAAAAUUCUUGAUUUGUGACACUUUAUAUUUUGUUUUUUAAUAGUUUAACACCCAUUAUUAAAAAUAUGUAUUUGCUUUGUUUUACACUAAAGUACAGCAUUUGAUUUGAGCUGAGUAAACUUUUACUUUAUCUUUAAAAGCCAGAAUAAUGUUUUUUUACAUUUCUGAAAAUGCUAAUACCAGUGUGUUGCUGAAAUAAUUGAAAUGUGACAGCAGGUAAUACAGCUAGACUUGCUAACAUGUUUUACGUAUUGUUCAACCUUCUGUUCAUCAAGUCUAUGUUUAAACUUUCCAAUAAACAGGUGAUCUAUGAAUAAGACAUCUUGGCUUCAUUUUCACACUUUCUGCCAGAACAUCUCUGUUUAAAUAACAACAAGGCCGGAUAAGUAGUUGUACAUGUUGUACACGAGGUUUCCAAAAGAGUCCUCUAAAUACAUGUAAAGGUUAAGAUGCAACAAAAUAAGGAGGGUGGUGCCCUCUAGUGUAGAGAAAGUAUUUGAC